GUUUAUCCCCCUGCCUCGGUUCUGGUAGCUAGGAUCAAAUCCUCUGUAGUGACUGAUUCUGAGAGGACCCCGCUAUGGGGUCCGAGUCCACUUUUACUACUUGGCCUUCUUCCCAGCUCGCGAGAGCGGGGCUCGGGGGCGUGGCAAAACCUAACCCCGCCCUCGCCUCUGGGAUGCUGGGACCUGGUCGCCAUGGCGAUGGGCUGUACACUAUCACAGCUUUCCGGGCGGCGGGUGCUGGCUGCCCGGCUGCCAGAGGGUCAUGGCCUCCCCUAAGCUGCGGUGCUGCAGAUUCGCGACUACGUCGAGAACACACCCGCGGCCUUCCAGUAGUCACCAUAGAUGACCCCUUCAUCACAGAAACCAAUGAUACCAAGAAUGCAAGCUUUAUCAGAAACGGAAGAGACUGUCGUCCAUGGGCAGACAUCUUUCCCCAUGGCCCACAUAUACCAGUGGCCAGACCAUUCUACAUAACCGAAAGCCCUGUUCAGAUGACUACCGGAAGGAAGCAGGUAGCUGGCAGCAGCAGCCCCAGGGCACUACCAAGCCAAGGUAUCUGGAGCAGCUAGAGAACUAUCUACGCAAGGAGCUCCUCCUGCUGGACGUUGGCAAGGAUUCGGCCCAGGAACUGAGGCUUCAGCCUUACAGAGAGAUCUUUGAGUUCUUCAUAGAGGACUUCAAAACAUACAAGCCAUUGCUAUCCUCCAUCAAGAAUGCGUAUGAGGUGAUGCUGGCCCACCAGAAGGAGAAGAUUCGGGCUCUGGAGCCCCUGAAGGCCAAGCUUGUCACUGUGAAUGAUGACUGCAACAAGCGGAUCCUGGCCAUGAGGGCUGAGGAGAAAACCGAAAUCUCCAUGCUCAAGAAAGAGAAGAUGAAUUUGCUAAAGCUCAUUGACAAAAAGAAUGAGGAGAAGAUUUCAUUGCAGAGUGAGGUGACCAAGCUGAGGAAGAACUUGGCUGAGGAGUACCUGCGCUAUGUCAGUGAGCGAGAUGCCCGCAAGAUCCUCAUCGCAGACCUGAAUGAGCUACGGUACCAGCGGGAAGACAUGUCACUAGCCCAGUCCCCAGGCAUCUGGGGGGAGGACCCCGUGAAGUUAACAGUGGCUCUGAAGAUGGCCCGCCAAGACCUGACCCGCACGCAGAUGGAACUCAACACCAUGAAGGCCAACUUUGGAGACGUGGUGCCCAGGAGGGACUUUGAAAUGCAGGAGAAGACCAACAAGGAACUGCAGGAGCAGAUGGACAGCCUGAGAGAUGACUACAAAGAGGUCCGCAAGGAGCACGAGACACUGCUGCAGUUGCACAUGAGCACGCUGAAAGAGCGGGACCAGUUUUAUUCUGAGCUGCAGGAGAUCCAGCGCACCUCCACACCACGGCCGGACUGGACCAAGUGCGAAGAUGUGGUGGCUGGGGGUCCAGGUCGCUGGCGAAUACUGGCCGAGGGCAAGAACAGCGACCAGCUGGUGGAUGUGCUCCUGGAGGAGAUUGGCGAGGGGCUGCUCCGGGAGAAAGACUUCUUCUCUGGUCUGGGCCAUGAGGAAUCCGUCCCCCCUUUCCUUCGGUUUGAUGGCGUUGUGGAGAAUAAGAAGCCAACCAAGAAGGAUGUGGUAAAGCUCCUCAGGGAUGCCUGGAAAGAACGUCUCGCUGAGGAGCAGAAAGAGAAGUUCCCAGAUUUCUUCUUCAAUUUCCUGGAGCAUCGCUUUGGGCCUGCUGAAGCCAUGGCCUGGGCUUACACCAUUUUUGAAAAUAUGAAGCUCUUCCGCUCCAAUGAGAUUAUGAGUCAGUUCUAUGCCAUCUUGAUGGGAGAGAGGAGUGAAAGUGUGUACAUCAAGCAGAAGGAGACAAUAACAGAGCUGCUGAAGGAGAUGACAAAUGUUGACAGUCAGAAUGAGGAGCUACUAACCAUGGAGCAGUUAAGGACUGUCCUCAAGAGCACCUUCCCCUUCAAGAAGGAAGAGAAAAUCCAGGAGCUGAUGGAGGCAGGGGGCUGGCAUCCCAACAGCAGCAAUACAGACUUGCUCAACUACCACUCGUUGUUCGUAGAGGAUGAGGAGGGCCAGAGUGUGCCCUUUGUGCAAAAGCUGUGGGAACAGUACCUGGAUGAAAAGGAUAAGUACUUAAAGGAGCUAAAGCAGCUGCUGGGCCUGGAACUCCGUGAUGAGGUGACCCUACCCCAGGUACGUGAGGCCCUGAUGACCAUCGAUCCCAAACUGGACAAACAAACCCUGAACAGCUAUUUGAGCCAGGCCUUCCAGCUCCCUGUGACAAAACUGCCAGAGGCGGGUGAAGACAAGGGAGAGGGCAUUGUGACAUUGCUGCAGACUGCCCUGCAACGACUUCAGGUGGCUGACGUCCGGCGCGUGGGGCCUCGAGAGCAGGAGCCGGCAAGCUAG